AUGUCAGCAAAUUCAGACGUAAAGAUCAUAGUCGCCGGUCUUCCGCGCACGUCUACGACAAGUCUCAAGAAAGGUCUUGAGAUUCUUGGUGUGACUCCUUGUUUUCACCUUGGAGAUCCUCCUGCGCCAAUCUCCCGCGUCAAAGAAAGUGCAAGAGUACUUGCGAUUCAAGACCGCAAUGAGAGGCUCAAGGCGUUAAAGAAGCUGUAUGAUGGCUUUGAAGCUGUCUUUGAACCGCCUGCUAGUGCGCUUGUCGAUGACAUGCUGACAAUAUACCCCAACGCAAAGGUCAUCCUCUCUGUCCGCAAAAACCCGCAGGUCUGGCUCGCAUCUUACUACGGCCUGGGUAUUGAUCUCCGCUCAAAGUGGUACCGCAUCCUAGGCUACUGGAUCCCCGGCGUGAUUCACUCCAGCGACCUUAUCGUAGCCUGGUCAAAAUACUACGCUGAGAAAUUCAACCUGGAGCAAGUCCCCUCGGAGGAACUAUACCAUAAGCACAAUCAAUGGGUUCACGAUAUCGUGCCCGCUGGGCAAUUGCUCGAGUACCAACCGAGUAUGGGAUGGGAACCCCUGGCGCGAUUUCUGGACAGGCCUGUUCCGGAGGGUCAGCCGUUUCCACGUGUCAACGAAGCUGCUUUUCUUAGAAACGUGAAGCGAGUCGCUAUGGGUCUUGGAUCGUUGGUCUGGCUGUGUUUGUUUGUUGGUCUGUAUUACGCAGGAUCCUUGGCGUGGUCAAAGUUUGCGUCUGAAACUUGA